AUGGAUGCGCGGGCCCGCGCCAAGCGCUACGAGAAGCUCGACUUCCUUGGGGAGGGGCAGUUCGCCACCGUCUAUAAAGCCAAGGACAAGACGAACAAUCAGAUCGUGGCUAUUAAGAAGAUUAAACUGGGGCAUAGAUCAGAAGCUAAAGAUGGAAUCAACAGGACAGCCCUCAGGGAAAUAAAACUGUUACAGGAGCUAAGCCAUCCAAAUAUUAUUGGUCUUAUUGAUGCAUUUGGACACAAGUCCAACAUUAGUUUGGUAUUUGAUUUUAUGGAAACAGAUCUAGAGGUUAUUAUAAAGGAUACAAGUAUCGUGUUGACGCAGUCUCACAUCAAGGCAUAUAUGCUAAUGACACUUCAAGGAUUAGAAUAUUUGCAUCAGCAUUGGAUUCUACACAGGGAUCUUAAACCAAAUAACUUGUUGCUAGAUGAAAAUGGAGUUUUAAAAUUGGCUGAUUUUGGCUUGGCAAAAUCUUUUGGAAGCCCAAAUAGAGUUUAUACGCACCAGGUAGUAACAAGGUGGUACCGAGCCCCAGAACUAUUGUUUGGGGCUAGAAUGUAUGGUGUUGGUGUUGAUAUGUGGGCUGUUGGUUGUAUUUUAGCUGAAUUGCUCCUCAGAGUUCCUUUUUUGCCUGGAGACUCUGAUCUUGACCAGCUGACAAGGAUAUUCGAAACACUGGGCACUCCAACAGAAGAACAAUGGCCUGGGAUGACAAGUCUUCCAGAUUAUGUCACAUUUAAGCCAUUCCCUGGAAUGCCACUUCAACAUAUCUUCAGUGCAGCUGGUGAUGAUCUACUCAGUCUUCUUCAAGGCUUAUUCACAUUUAAUCCUUGCACCAGAGUAACAGCUACUCAGGCAUUGAAACAGAAGUAUUUCAGUAACCGACCAGGGCCCACUCCAGGUAAUCAGCUGCCAAGACCCAACUGUCCUGCAGAAGCUGCAAAGGAGCAACAAAAUGCACUUCUAAAUUUGAAAAGGAAAAGAACAGAAGGAAUAGAUCAAGGAUUACCAAAAAAACUGGUAUUUUGAUUGCUGUGGAUGAUAAUGAAAAUGAGUGAAAAUGCCCUGAGUCCCAGCCAUUGAUAAAAUGCUGUAAGAGUCGCUGGAUGGUUAUUUUUUAAUAUUUUGAUAUGUAAAAUAUUAAUAUACUAUUUCCUUACUGACACAAAAGUUAACCCUUCUUUUUUCAAU